AUGACCUCCGCUGCUCGAAUCGGCGAGCGGCGCUCGUAUGACGGCGCUCUCUGCACUGUCCGGUACAUUGGCGAAGUAGCGGGCACAACAGGCUCAUGGUUGGGCGUGGAGUGGGAUGACCCCUCGCGGGGUAAACACGAUGGACAGCACAAAGGGGUCAAAUAUUUCUCAUGCAAAUCCAAAUCCGCUACGGCCGCAUCCUUCGUCCGCCCCACGCGUCUGGCAGAUGCACGCCAGGACUUUCUCUCGGCGCUACAUCUCAAGUAUGCGACCGACCCGACCACAGAGAAGAACCCUCCUAAGCAGAUCGUCUUCUCCGGCAAGGUUGCAGAGGAGGUCGGCUUCGAGAAGAUCCGGCGCAAGCAGGCCCAGCUCGAUGAGCUGCAGUUUGUCAUCCUGGACGGCGCCCAAAUCGCCUGUGCCUAUGCGUCGCAGAGUGUUGCGGCUGGCGACGGCGCGAAGGAUGGCCGGCAAUCUAUCGGGCAGGUCUGCCCCAAGGUCAGAGAGCUGGAUCUGAGCAGGAACCUGUUUGAGCGGUUUGGCCCUGUUGUGGAAAUCUGCUCGGAACUGCCGCUGUUGAGGGUUCUGAGGGUCAACGGAAACCGGUUUCAGUAUGUUCCAGAAGACGAGACUCUGGCCUCAGCCGAUGGCGUGUUCGACGGUGUGACGGAGCUGGCCCUAGAGGACACCCUCCUCGGGUGGCAGGAAGUGUGCCACAUCGCGGCCAAGUUCCCGUCGCUGACCACGCUCCAUACCGGCUCCAACCAGCUUUCGGCCCUGACGCCCGUCCCCGCCGCCUCGUUCACGUCCACCCUGGUGUCUCUCCACCUCGAGUUCAACGACUUUUCCUCCCUCGUAGACAUCGCCCCUCUUGCGGCUAUCUCCAGUCUCCGCAACCUCAAUCUCAAACUCAAUCACAUCUCCCACAUCACCCCCCCCCCGCCUUCUCACACAACAACAGCAACCCCGGGCCCCAUCUUCGGGCCCAACCUCCACUACAUAGACCUCUCCUACAACAAUGUCAGUUCCUGGUCUUUCAUCGACGCCCUCCCGGCAUCCUUCCCGGGCCUCACUUCCCUCCGCUUCACGCACAACCCCAUCUACGACGACCCGGACCUCGACAACCCUGAGUCCGUCCCCACCACCACCACCACCACCACCCCCCCCAAGAGCCAAGGACAGAAAGGAGGCAUCUCAAAGACAGAUGAAAGCUACAUGCUGGUCGUCGCCCGCAUGGGCCCGCAGCUCAGAACCCUCAACUUCAGCGCCAUCACCCCGGCCGACCGCGCCGACGCUGACAUGUUUUACCUGUCGCGCAUCGCGCGGCAGCUGGCGGCCGUUCCGGAGGGCCCGGCCGAGAAAGAGGUGUUAGCGCGGCAUCGGCGGUGGACUGAGCUGUGCGAGCUGUACGGCGAGCCCGUGGUUGUGCGGCAGAAGAGCGUGGACGUGAAUUUCUUGGAGGCGAGGUUGAUUACGGCUGAGUUUACGUACUGUGAGGAGGAGGAGGACGACGACGACGUGGGUGGUGGUGGUGGUCAGGGGCAGGGGCAGGGGAAGGGGAAGGGGAAACGGAAGGGGCAGGACGUGGAGGGGAAGACGAAGAAGGUGGUAAAGACGGUGCAGAUCCCCAAGUCGUUUGACAUCUAUGCUGUCAAGGGGCUUGUGGGCAAGAUGUUUGGUCUGUCGCCUCUGGGGCUGCGGCUGGUUUGGGAAACGGGCGAGUGGGAUCCUGUGGGCGGGUUUGAUGAAGUGGAUGAGGAGAGCGAGGAGGAGGCGGAGGACCUUGCCGAGGCUGAGCGGGAGCGGAGAGGGGAAGUUGGUGGUGGUUUGGAUCUGGAGGCGUCCGAACUGCAGAAGAAGGGCGGGAGAUGGGUUAAGCGGGAGGUCGAGCUGAAGGACGGGCCGCGGCAAUUUGGGUACUGUGUGGACGGUUUGGAAGCAAAGAUCAGGGUGGAGAGGCGGUGA